AUGGGCUCGCAUAACCCGACCUCGCGUGGUGCCGCAUCACCGGACGAGCCACUCAGUGAGGCGGCCCAGGAGAGUGGCCUCCACAUCUUGGAGCCAGAGCCAGAGCAGGAGCUCGAAACGAUACGAGAGGACUCUCCGCUGCUCGCUGCCAGCGACGCUGAUGGCAAUCGCGGCAGCUCAGAUGGGAGGAAGCAGGUUGCUGACCCCAGCCAGGCCACCAAGAGUAUCUGGUACCUCACACUCUUGACGCUCAGCAUCGGUGGCCUGCAAAUCGCUUGGUCUGUCGAGCUCUCGAAUGGCUCGCCCUAUCUGCUCUCGCUUGGGCUGAGCAAGUCGCUCAUGGCUCUGGUCUGGAUUGCCGGCCCGCUGACGGGCACCCUCGUGCAGCCUUACAUUGGCAUCCUCAGCGACAACUGCCGUAUCUCAUGGGGUAAACGCAAGCCAUUCAUGAUUGGAAGCACAAUCGGCACCGUCUUGUCCCUGCUAUUUCUCUCCUGGGUCAAGGAAAUUUUGGGUAGCGUCAUGUCGCUCUUCGGCAUCCACGACGACUCGCACUUUGCCAAGACGACCAUCAUUGUCGCUGCCGUCAUCGGCAUCUAUGUGCUUGAUGUUGCCAUCAAUGCCCUCCAGGCUGCCAUCCGCGCCUUCAUCGUAGACUGUGGUCCCGCCCACCAACAAGAAGCUGCCAACGCCAUGGCCAGCCGACUCAUUGGCAUCGGCAAUAUCCUCGGCUUCAUAGCUGGUUACAUCAAUCUGACCAAGCCUCUUUGGUUUUUGGGUCAAACCCAAUUCCAGAUUCUCUGUGCCAUUGCCAGCAUAUGCUUGACAAUUACGGUCGUUAUUAGCUGCGUCUCCGUCCGCGAGCGAGACCCGCGUGAGAAUGGUGCGGCCGCACCCAAGAAUCCAGGCAUUUUUGCCUUCUUCGUUGCGGUCUUCAAGUCCAUCAAGCGACUACCUCCCCAGAUCAAGCGCGUUUGUCAGGUACAAUUCUGCGGCUGGGUUGGAUUCUUCCCUCUGCUCUUUUACUCAUCGUCAUAUAUUGGCGAGAUCUACGUUCAGCCGCAUCUUGAAAAGAAUCCUCACAUGACGCCAGAACAGCUUGACGAGCUCUAUGAGCAAGCUACACGCAUUGGCUCUUUUGCGCUCCUCGUGAAUUCGAUAGUGAGUCUGCUCACAAAUGUGCUGUUGCCAUUCUUCAUUGCACCCACAUACGACAGCCAGGCGGCUCUGAGCCAGCCUGCGCCUGCCUACCAUGCACGACGCAAUCAGAAACGCACCAUGCUCGAUCGUCUCCGCAUUCCUGGCUUCACACUGAACAGGGCUUGGUUCGGAUCGCUGAUCCUCUUCGCCGGAGCCAUGCUAUGCACUCUAGUUGUACGAUCCGUGGAAGCUGCCACCGCGCUGAUUGGCAUUGCCGGCAUCACAUGGGCCAUGACUCUGUGGGCUCCUUACGCCAUAAUCAGUGCUGAGAUUAGCCGCCGCGAUGUGCUGCAGCGCGCUCAGAAGCUGCAGCGGGCGCGGGAGCCAGCCGAACUUACACCUCUGGAGAGACUGCCAAGCGGGGAAGUGGCUCCCGUCGUGGAAGAUGAAAAGCAAGAUGAAGCGGGGGUUGUAAUGGGCAUCCAUAACAUGGCUAUUGCGGCGCCUCAAAUUCUUGCCAACGUGGGUUCGAGCAUCAUUUUCAAGAUUUGGCAGAAGCCGCGCGGCACGCCGGGUGACAACAGCAUUGCCUUUGUGCUGGCUAUUGGAGGACUGUUCGUUCUAGCGUCGGCUUUCUACGUGCGGGAGCUAGACGAGCAGAGCCCGUCUGCGAGCAGCGUUGGCGAGGACGAGGAGCAUGCGGUGAUUCCCAACGAGUAG